AUCCUCAAUCCAUCAUUCUUUUUUCUUUCCUGUCUGGAUCCAUCGCCGAGCUCAGCCAUGGAGAUUUCAUCAAAUUUGCCGUCUUCAUCUGACGGUGCAGAAGCCAGAGAUGGUCGAGUUCUACGAAACGGAGACGGUGGAAUCCACGAUUCGUCCGAGAGUCGACGGAGUGCGGGAUCUCGAUUUGGAGGAAGAGAUCAUCGGUUCCUCCUCAUGUGGUGGAGAACAGCGAGAUGAGGCAGCAGUGGUUCGUGGGGAUAUUGAGUUUUCUGGAUGUGUUUAUGCGCUUACGGGAGGCGUUGCGCCACUUAUGCCUUCAAUUGAUGUUACCCACUUAAAGCUACAUCCUCCACCUGACGAGAAGGUAGCUUGGCAAUGGCUUCCCAUCAAAAGUUCUGCUAGGAAAGAUGAUCUGCAGCUUUACCAGUGGAUGUACAGAGGCCUUGAUGUUGGAUCAGCCAAGCCAUCAGAAACUGAUAGCUAGAAAGGUAUAUGAAACAUACGAGUUGAUCUCUACAGAUUUCAGAUGUGAAGACAUGCUUUCAGGUGCGGAAGGAGUGUUGUCAGAAGCUAGAUGGCUUCUUGAUCUUGGUCUUCUUCCAAACACAAGUUCUGAUACUCGUGCCAUUGGGUACAAACAGGCCAUGGAAUAUCUAUCGAAUGUCGUUGACGAGUGGGUGUGAGCUCCCCUGGAGAGUCUUAUGGGUUUUUGAACAAAUUUCAGCAAGCUUCCCGGUGAUUUUCCGUGAGAGCCAGGCUCUUGAAGAAUAUCGAAGCAAGAAAAAGCAUAUGGAGUUUGACUUACCUUGAGCCAAUAAGGAGAAACUACACCUUUGGAGUUUGAAUUUAGUUAUACAAACUCAUUUAUAAGAGUACAUAAUUAUAUGCAAGACUAUUGAGGAUUAAUAAUUUAUUUAUAAAGAUUUAUAAAUUACGUAUAA